CUUUCUGUACGUAUAUAUAGCACAUCCAGGUAAAAAAAAUACUGCUCUGGUGUUUUUUACUGAUUGAUCAUAUAUAUAGCCAUUUUCUCAUCUUGAAGCUGUUUGGUAUUAUUAGAGAGCUGUUGAGCACUGAGGAUAGGUAAUUAAACUCCAAAACCCAAUACAUAAACACAAUUACCUAGUUUCAAUUUUGUCUUUUCUAUUUUGUUGAGGUUGUUUUCUGGCUUGAUUCAUCAAACAAAUGAACACAUCGUCUAUGAAACUUGAUAUACAUUGUGGAAGCAUGAUCUUUUAUAUAUAGUUAUUUUCUUUGAUGACUCUAGCAAAGUUGAUCUUUACUGCAUCCAAAUAUUGCAUAAAUGUGAAUAUCAAAUUCUAAUAAUUAACCAAACAUAAGAUUACCAAGCAAGAUUUUAUGUGAGCAUCAAAUUGUUGGAUUAUAUUGUUUGUUCAAUUUUUGCACAAUCAUUUGAUGUGGAUACAUGUCAUGCAAAUGAUAACUAACCCAAAUUGAAGACUAUGAAUUUUUGUUGGUUUGUCUUUGAAAAUUUAUCAAGAGUUAUCUAGCUAGAUUAUUGUUCGUGUGCACUCUAAGAAGAUUAGUGGAAACUCCGACCGGUGUACAGAUUCUCACGUCUUCUAAAGGACUACCUUUGAAGUUGCUGUUUGUGUAUCUAUCUAUCAACAUAUACAUACAUACAUGGGAAAGACAAUUCAGGUGUUUGGGUUCCCAGAGCUGGUGUCUGCAGACGUAACCAAACAAUGCCUAGAAGAGCACACAGGAAAGGAGACCAUUUUCGCCUUGCAGAUGAAGAUGACCAAAGGAACGAAUGCUAAACCGUUCGCCAUCGUACAAUUCAAAACGGAGGAGAGCGCGGAACAGAUACUGGAUUUAGCCAAUAACCGACACAAAACGUUGUACUAUGGCGAAUCCUUGUUGACGGCUAAGAAAGUGGAAACUCCCAUUGUGGAGCCAAGAAUCUACGCCCACGAAAUUGACACGACGCCUGUCUGCUUUGGGUGUCAGAUCUCCGAGGACAGGUUUUGUGUGCUGUGGAGAAAGGCUAAUGUCGGCGUGAAGUUCGGGAUUGGGUUUAAGUAUGUUUCUUUGUUCUUGUUUUAUGACAAUGAUCAGUACAAGUUUCUGCUCUCGUAUGAAGACAUCUGGAGGGUCACGCAGCAUUUUCCCCGGGGCAAGAAUUCUAAGUUCCUCGUUAUACAGUUGUUUGCAGCUCCAAGGAUAUAUAAGAAGACUGAACCUGAAGACUCCGUGAACACGUUCUAUCUGGAAGCUCCGGAAGAUCAAUGGGUUAGAACAAGAGAUUUCACUCAAAAUUGCACCAUUGGACAAUCCACCGCCUUGUGUUUGCAGCUUCCUUCAAAUGCCUACCUUCCAAAUUUUCACCACAGUUUUGCAAACUACAGCGAAACUAAGACUCCCUUCUAUCUCGAUGAUGGUUCCUCGUUUUCAUCCAACUCGUCUCUGGUUCCGAUCGUGAAUCCUCCGAGCAGACUGGAUUUGCCGUUCAAAAUAGUGUUCAAGAUCAGCUCUCUGGUUCAGCACGGGUGCAUUCCGGGGCCGGCGCUGGACGAGAAGUUCUUCCAGUUGCUUGAUCCGAAGAGGUUUGAGGUUGAGCGGAUCGAGUAUGCGUUGGAGAAAAUGCAGCGAUUGAAGGAUUGCUGUUACGAUCCUGCGAAAUUGUUGACGCAGGAGUACAACAGGUUUAAGCAGCAGCGGAAAAAGCCGGCGAGGAGCAUGGACGAAGGGAUUGCGUAUGUCCGCCGAGUUUCGGUUACUCCUAUUAGGGUUUAUUUCUUCGGACCGGAGGCGAAUAUGUCCAAUCGCGUAUUGCGCCAGUUUCGCGAAGAUAUUGAUCGCUUUCUCCGCGUCUCGUUCGUGGAUGAGGAUUUGGAGAAAAUGCACUCGGUCGAUCUGUGCUCGCGCCCGUCUUCCGCCGGCGACGUCUCCAGGACGGAGAUUUAUAAGAGGAUUCUGACCACGCUUGAAAACGGCAUCGUGAUCGGAGACCGAAAGUUCGAGUUUCUGGCGUUUUCGUCCAGUCAAUUGAGGGAAAAUUCUUGUUGGAUGUUUGCUUCGAGAUCUGGACUUACUGCCGCCGAUAUCCGAGCAUGGAUGGGAGAGUUUCAGAACAUAAAAAACGUGGCGAAAUACGCCGCCAGACUCGGCCAAUCCUUUGGUUCUUCCAGAGAAACUUCCAGCGUAGAAAGUUACGACCUCGAACUAAUUCCAGAUGUAGAGCUGCAGAAAGACGACGGCACAAAGUACACAUUCUCCGACGGGAUCGGGAAGAUCUCCGCAGAAUUCGCCAAAAAAGUCGCCGAAAAAUGCGGACUGAAAAAACCGCCUUCCGCGUAUCAAAUCCGGUACGGCGGUUACAAAGGCGUCGUCGCAGUCGAUCCAACUUCGACCAGGAAACUGUCCCUGCGAAAAAGCAUGCUCAAAUACGAAUCCGGCAACACAAAGCUCGAUGUUCUAUCAUGGAGCAAGUAUCAGCCGUGUUACCUGAACCGGCAAAUCAUCACUCUCCUGUCUACGCUAGGGAUCAGCGAUGAAGUGUUCGAGCGGAAACAGAGGGAGGUUGUUAGCCAGCUGGACGAUAUGCUAACCGAUCCGAACAAGGCGCAGGAGUUUCUGGAGCUGAUGCCGCCGGGAGAGCACGCGAAUGUGCUCAUCGAGAUGCUCCGGUGCGGUUACAAGCCGAACGUGGAGCCGUUCCUGUCCUCGAUGUUGCAGACGGUCAGGGGAACGAAGUUGCAGGAGUUGAGGACGAAGACGAGGAUAUUUAUCCCCGACGGGAGGUCGAUGAUGGGGUGCCUGGAUGAAACGGGAACGCUGGAUUACGGGGAGGUGUUUAUUCAGUACUCCGGUGCCGGACGCCGACACCCUCAUCUCACCGGCGUCUCUAGAUACAACUCCGAUGGCAUCAUUUUGGGACCCGUUGUCGUCGCUAAAAACCCAUGCUAUCAUCCCGGCGAUGUCCGUGUUCUCAAAGCCGUUGAUGUCCGUGGCUUGCACCACAUGGUUGACUGCAUUGUGUUUCCACAAAAGGGUAAUAGACCACACCCAAACGAAUGUUCUGGAAGUGAUUUGGAUGGGGAUAUUUACUUUGUUUGUUGGGACCCUGACCUUAUUCCAAAGAGGAUCGUAUCACCCAUGGAUUAUACACCUGCACCUGUAAUACAGCUGGACCAUGAUGUUACCAUACAGGAAAUUCAAAAGUACUUCGCAGACUACAUUCUAAACGACAAUUUAGGCGUAAUUUCGAUCGCCCAUGUGGUGUUUGCGGACAAAGAACCGGACAUGGCGCUGAGUGAGCCCUGUUUAGAACUCGCUCGCAUAUUCUCGGUAGCAGUCGACUUCCCCAAGACCGGCGUUCCGGCUGAGAUACCGUCCCACCUGCGCGUAAAGGAGUAUCCGGAUUUCUUGGACAAGCCCGGGAAGCCCUUCUACGAAUCUAAGCGAGUUAUUGGCAAGCUGUUCCGGCAAGUGAAGGAUAUCUCCGCCAACUGGAGCUUCAUCAGCCCUUUUACCUUGAGCGUGGCCAAGAAAUCCUACGAUCGGGCCAUGGAAGUCGACGGCUUCAAAGAUUACAUCCAGGAAGCUUUUGAUUACAAAACCAGGUUUGAUGAGAAGUUGGUAAGUCUGAUGGAUUACUACGGCAUAAAAACGGAGGCCGAGCUACUGACGGGGCGCGUCAACGAUCCGGCGGCGAGGUUAUACGACCGGAGAAGGGACGGCGAGGCGGUGAUUUUGGCGGUGAAGUCGCUGAGGAAGGAGGCACGGUCGUGGUUCUACGAUCAUCAUCCGAGAGGCGGGGCGGGGAGAGGCGAAUCGAGCGAAUUGAGGAAGAAGCAGAGGGCGUCAGCAUGGUAUCAUGUGACGUAUCAUCAUUCUUUCUGGGGGAAGUACGGGGAGGGGAGGAAUCAUGAGCACUUCAUAAGCUUCCCGUGGUGUGUGUAUGAUGUUCUGAUUAAGAUAAAGAUGGAGAACCCGGGCAGUAUAUGGCAGAGCCUGAAUUUCACUUCAUUCGAAUGGCUGUGUAAUAUCUGCUGAUCUCAUCUGCCUGUAAAUAGUUUAUGUAAUUAUCCAAAGGACAACAUUGUAUUUAAUUUGGAUGUAAUUGUAAUUAACUCUCAUUUAAUUUAUUGUCCUAUCAACGUAUUUAAGUAUGGUGUUCUAUCAAAUUAGGUGUUGUAACAUAAGAUGGUCAUUAGGAUUUCUAUUGUCCUACGUGCUCCAUUUGGUAAUACCAGAAGAAAGAAAUUAUGUA